CCCUUCUUUUAGGAGAUGCACGAAGCCGGCCGCGAGAUGGAGCGCUUGUAGACGAAUACCCUAGGCACGAGCAUGGCAAAUCUUAUACGUAUAUUUUCAGCUCUGUACGGCGUGUCCACUUCUUGAGGGGAGUAGUGCACAGUCCCUCCUAAACUACGUCUAUUUCCCCUUAAAUAAUGGACAUUGACACUAGGGUGCGGUAGUGAGCCCUGUCCACUUUCGAACAAAGAAAUGAGCAAUCUCCCUUUUCAUCUCUGGUUUUGGCCUGGCUCCCCUCCUCUAUUUAUAUUAUCUCUAUGGUUGUCCCGCGCACGACUUCAAACCGUCGGUUUCAAACGUGUGACCAACGACCAAACGACCGAGGCACGUGUUCAACAGAGGAUCCACGAUCAAGAUCAAGAAUGCCGCGUGCGGUGAGAGAAUCGGACGAAGAGAUCGACACCAAACCCGGACGUCGGCUUCGCAACUUAACCGAAACGGUAGACCCUGGCCGCCGCCGCAGUACUAGAUUAGAAAUGAACAAGCAAGAAUCCUCUCCAGAGGUAUCGCCGACCAACUCCAGUAUCCAAACGCGAGCCAAGCGUCGUACAAUCGGACAACAAGUAAAUGAUAACGUGAAGUCGUUGAGGCCUCGACUGAAUUCAAUUUCCUCCGAUGUCAGCGAGAAGGAUGACACGCCUAAAACGCGAGCGAAGAAUGCUGCGAGUGCUGUUAACAGUCGAAGAAGCUCUAGAUUGACGAGAGCCAGUUCGGAGGUAAAUACACCAUCGCCGGUUACAAGGACGAUGCGUCGAACUAGGGCAAAUUCAAUGGAACCGGAGAGCAGGAUUGAUAAUCAGAAGGGAAAGAAGGUGCCUCUGACUUUUCCUUCGGAAGCGACGGUGGUUGAGGAGAUGGAAGAGACGAUGAUGAAUCCUGUGGUAUCGUUGGAACGCACAUUGGCCGUGCAGGUUAAAAGCAAGACCUCUUUAAUGACUAAACGUCGAGGAGCACAGAGUCCUUUAGAAGAAGAUAGAGGAGUGGAGGACGAGAACUUGGUGGGAGAUAAAGAGAUACCGAAACUGGACGACGACGAGAAGGAGAAUCGCGGAGAUUCAAACAAAGAAGCUAAACAAUCCUUCAACGACUCUUUAAAGAAAGAAGAUAACCAAGCCCCGACUAACGAAGAUAAUACAAUUCUAAAUGAACGGUGGAAGUCGAUCGUCGACGACGACACAGAAUCAUUGAAAGAUAACUGUAUUGCGGUCAACAGUGUAGAUAGUUCAGACAAAUCACUCGCAGCAAUCAGUAAAUCCCAAGAAUCCUCUGAAAACGAAAAUACGAAAGAAUCCAUUGGAAACGGUGAAGACAUUAAAAAUACGAAAGAAUCCAUUGCUAAUAUUGGAAGUACGAAUGAAUCCAUUAAAAAUAUUGGAAAUUUCAAAGAAUCUGUCGAGAACAUUGAAAAGUUCAAAGAAUCCAACAAGAACAACACGAAAGAAUCCAUUGAUAAAACUGAAGAUUUGAAAGUAUCUACCGAGAACACUGGCCACUUUGGAAAUACGGAAGAAUCCGUCGAGAAGAAUUCGAUCGAAUCAGAAAAGGAUGGAACCAUGUCGCAUCCCCUAAAAACUGAGAAAAACAUCGGGGAUUCAGCCGAGAAUUUCUUCAAAGACAUUCCGUUGCGCGAGUGGAGUCAGCAGGUCGACAAGCUCUCGGAGUUGUCCGCGUCUACCGAGAAGCUGAACGACGAGAGCGAGGCUGAAUGCAACCUGGUCUUCGAAGACUCCGUACCGAAUUCGGGAGACUCAGAUUCGGAUAACACCGUGGUACUACAGAAAUCUCGUAACGAGGAACAGAAUAACUCGUCAAAGAAUAUCGAAACCCAGUCUUCGUUCUCUAAAACUCAAAAAAUCAAGGAAGUGCAAGUAGAAGAAGAGGAAAGUUGCUUAGCAAAGGAAACGAAGGCAAUGAAUUCGUCAAAGACAGUUGACGAUGAAUCUGUAGAAAAGAAUGAUUUGGAGAAACGAGAAAAAAUGGAAAUGGAAGUGAAAGAGCACAAGGCACUAAAUAAGUCGACAGAAAGGGUGAAAGAAUAUCUGGAAAAAUUGAAGGAUUUUGACGGAAAAAAGAAACUUUCAAUGGGAGAACAAGAAGAUCGCCUCGAUAAUAAAUCGACAGAUAUAAACGAAGAAUCAAAGGAACCUGUAGAAAAAUCGGAGGACAAAACUGAGAGAAAGGAAAAAGUAGUAGCAGAAGAGGAGAAGGAACACCACUUUGAGGCAGUAAAUAAGUCGACAGAAAUUAAUCAAGAAUCAAAGGGAUUUCUGGAAAAAUCGGAGGAAACUGUCGAUCCGGAGAAGUACGAGAGUAUGGAAAUAGAAAAGGAGGAAGACUGCUCGAAUUCUUCAAAGAAAAUCGAGAACCAGUUCCAGUUUCCUAGAACAUCCGAAAUGGAAGUAAGAAGAAGGAAGGAAGACUAUUCGAAGUUAACUGAAAAAUCUUCAAGUAAAUCUAAACUAGAGGAGAACGAUUUAGAGGAACAAGAGAAAAUGGAAGUGGAAGAAGACUGCUCCAAGAUAAAUAAAUCCACAGAAGAACCAAGGGAAACUGAAAUCCUGGAAAAACCGAGGAAAAUGAUGUGUCACAGAGAAGUGAGUUCAAUCGACGAUAUCAGCGAGGCAGAAACAGUAAUCAACGAAUCUGCAGAAGCUAGGACUGUUCUAGAAUCAAAUAAAACAGCGCAUGGGAGUGAGAAAUCGAAAAGAACUUCCACAAACGACGAAAUCAAUGACUCAGAUUAUACAAAUGAUUCCCGCGAUCAAAAAACCCUUUCAGAAUCAAGGAAAACGAACACCUCUAGGGAAACACCAAGAAAAAUCUCUACAAACGAUGAACUCACCGAAACAGAAGCAAAAAAUGAAUUCCGAAAAACUGUAACUGUUCCAGAAUUAAAUAAAACGACAUCUGCAAGGAAGAAGCCGAGAAAAUUCUGCACGGACGACGAAAGCAGUGAAACAGAUUUAUCCAGCUACGAGAGGGUGCAGCUGCCAAAAUUCCUAUUCCGCGGUGAGAAGAAUUCGGAUUCCGAGGAAGGCAGCAUCGACUCAGAUGUUAGAAAGGAAUACAAUUUGGACGGCGAUGAUGAAGCGGCAUUUUCCAACGACGACGUACCUGGAGACGAAUGUAGAGUCUCAGAAACGGAAUCCUCGGAUCCUAACGACGAUGGCUCCGACCUAAAAGACUUUGUAGUCGAUGACGACGAGGUCGAAGAGUCUUUAAGCGAAGAAGAGAAGUCGAAGAACGGGGAAGACGAUUCUGAAGAGUCUGAGGUCGAUUUGUUUGAUGAUAAGGAGAAGAGUAGAGCGAAGAAGAUGAAUCGAGGCAAGAAUCAGUCGAGAAUUGAAGAAUCAGAAGAAGAAUCAGAGGACCAAGAAACUGAUUUAAUCGAGAGUAAAUCAGAAAUCAACGCAAAGAGACUGAAGAAGGGAAAGAAGAUGUCGAGAAGUCAAGAUUUGGAAGAUUCAGAUGAUGAACAAGCUGAUUUACUGCAUAUUAAAUCGAAAGCCAAAGACCGGAGUUUAAAUAAAAGCAAGAACAAGUCGAGCAUGAAUGAAGAGGAUCUUGAAACUCUGGAAUUGUCAAAGAGUAACGAGAGAAACAGAUCUGUUACCAAAAUAAUUGAAGCGUCUCCCUCGAAAUCCAAAGACCAGAGUUUAAAUAAAAGCAAGAACAAGUCGAGAAUGAAUGAAAAGGAUCUUGAAACCCUGGAAUUGUCAAAGAGUAACGAGAGAAACAGAUCCGUUACCAAAAUAAUCGAAGCGUACCCCUUGAAAUCCAAAGACCAGAGUUUGAAUGAAAGCAAGAACAAGUCGAGAAUGAAUGAAGAGGAUCUUGAAACCUUCGAAUCGACAAAGAGUAACGAGAGAAACAAAUCCAUUACCGAAGUAACCGAAACGCCAUCCUCGGAACCCAAAGAAAACUCGUCCCCAUGUCGAAGGGAUUCGACAGAAGAGAAAUUCUUAGAACUCCACGGGCUCAAGAAGUCAACGAGGAAACUGAGAUUUACCGCGAUAGUCCAAUCUAGUACCCCGAAAAUGCGAAUGCAUAAAAUGCUCGAAAACAAUGAGAUCGAUGAGGGGAUCGACGAAGGAGCUGAAGAACUCUCCGAUUCGAAAUUGCAGAAAGAAGACGGAAGUUUCUUACACCGAAGCUUGCCAACUGUAGUCAACGCAAAUCUAGCAUUGAAGACGAAUCUUUCUCGCUCGAUUUCGAACAAUGUCAGUCAGCUGAAUAGGACUGAGUUCGUUAAGGACAGCGAUACGCCUAAUACGAAGUUUUUGAAGAAGGACAAAUUGAAUGAGAGCGCGCCGGCUUUGAAAUUGAAUGUCCAGGACGAGGAAAAUAGGAAGGAAAACAGAAUAGAAGAAGCUGAGGCGUCAGAUGAGAGAUUGAAAGAGACUCUGUUCAAGGUCGCGAAGAACAUUUUGGAGAACGAGCAGAGGAUGAAUAAGAAAAAGAAGAAGAAGGAUAAAAGGAAGAUCGCUACUUCGAAUAUACAGGAAGUUCAAGCCAGAGACGAUGCAGAUAGAGCUUCAAAACCGAAAAAGAAGAAGAAGAAGGAUAAUAAGAAAAUCGUCGAGGCGCCGAGCAGAGAAAAUGGAGAAGGGUUCUUAAGAAAAACUUCACAGAAUUUACAAAAUUUUGAGGGUUUCAAUAUUACAGAAAAUUCCUGCACGAUACCCAGCAAAGAACUAAUCGUUCAGAAAUCAAACAAAAUGAAAAGUAAGAAAAAGGAGAAAGAAUCAGAAGAAACAGGAAUAAUAUUUGAAGACGGUAUCGAAUACGUGGAGGUCGACUUGCCACUCGACAUUCCCAAGAAGAAAAAUAAACCGAAACUCUCGAGGUACCCAGAAUUCUUGACGGAAAUCGAAACAGGCACGAAAUCAGUUAAAAAACGGUUGAGAGAUUCUCGAUUCGAUCUCCCAAUCGCGGGAACUUCCAAACCGAACGAAAAGAAGUCAAAAAACACAGUUAAAACAAACGUAAAUUUGAAUUCCUCUAACUCGUACGAAUUUCCAACUCUCGCCUUUUUCCAACCGAUGCAAGAAUCGUUGAACUCUUUAAAAGCCACCUCGGAGAACAUAAAAUUAGGUAAAGAAUCUAAGAUUAAGAAGAAAAAUAAGGAAGGAUUUUUGCUAGAAGAAAAUGGAAUGAAAUGGAAGAAGGAACGGUCUAACGAAGGAUUGAACGAAGUUUCGAAUAAAAAGAGGAAAUUGACAGAUUCCGAGCAACCGGAAUCGAAGAAAAAGAGGUUGGAAAAAGAUUUCAGUACCGAAGAGAACUACGGGUCGAGCACCACGAAAUUCGAUAUUCUUCCUUUAAAUAAAUUGAAGUCAAAGAAAAAGAGAUUCGAAGGAGAUUCCAGCAACCAAGAGGACUAUGAGCCGAGUGUUAAAGGAAGCACAACGAAAUUUGAUACUUUUCCUUUGAGUAAAUUAAAGUCUAAGAAAAACAAAAAUGUACUGGUUUCUAGGAGAUGUUGAAUAGGAUGUUAAGUAAUCAAACUUUGGCUUAUUACAUGAAUAUGCAAAAAACUAAAAAUAAUCCUUAAUUCGUUCGUUAAUUAAUAUCCUCUUUUUUUUUAGUUAUGUAAAUCUAGGAAGAGAGCCCUUUUAUUUAUACGAAGAUUCUUUUAUAGGGAUAAAGGAAUCAUUUCUCUUUUAUGCAUUUUACUUUUAUAACUCUUAGUUUAAUGUAAGAUAGUUCGCGGUUUUUAUUAUAGAAAUGUUUGUAGCUUUGAUAAAUAAAUGUGUUCCUAUGGAAUGUAAAUAUAGCGAGAAUAAAAAUAAUCGUUGGAGCUUCUGACUAA